GCAGAGCCUGGAAGCCCACGGGAAGCUUGGAUGCCACAGAAGGAGGACUGGGUCCUCUGUAAAGGACUACUCACUGGAAUAUUUCUGAAGUACCUUCUGGAAUAACUACAGUCUCAGAAACGUACUGAGGCCUUUACAGCUCAGCGGAACCACCCUCGCCAGAGGCUAUACCGAGCAAGAACAAUGGAGGCCAGCAGGAAGGUCAUUUGCAGACAAAGGCAAGUCUUUUUCUUCUUUUUCUUCUUGGGCUUAGCUCAGGCGGGCUCUGAAUUUAGGCGUUAUUCUGUGGUGGAGGAAACUGAGGGGAGCUCUUUUGUAACCAAUUUAGCAAAAGACCUGGGUCUGGGGCAGGGGGAACUCUCCAGGCGGGGAGCUAGGGUCAUUUCCAAAGGAAACAAACUGUAUUUGCAGCUCGAUCAGGAGACUGGGGAUUUACUGCUAAAUGAGAAACUGGACCGCGAAGAACUGUGUGGUCAGACAGAGCCCUGUAUGCUGCGUUUCCAGGUGUUGCUAGAGAAUCCCUUAGAGUUUUUUCAAGCUGAGCUACAGGUAAUAGACAUAAAUGACCAUGCUCCGGUGUUCAUGGACAGAGAUAUGUUGCUAAAAAUAUCAGAAAGCAGUCCUCCUGGAACUAAGUUUCCUCUGAAGAACGCUCAGGACAUGGAUGUAGGCCGAAACAAUAUUGAAAACUAUAUAAUCAGUCCCAACUCCUAUUUUCGGGUCCUCACCCGCAAACGCAGCGAUGGCAGGAAAUAUCCGGAACUUGUGCUGGACAAACUGCUGGAUCGGGAGGAGGAACCUGAGCUCAGGUUAACCCUCACUGCUCAGGAUGGCGGUUCUCCACCCCGGUUUGGCACCGCUCAGGUCUACAUCGAAGUCGUGGACAUCAACGAUAAUGCCCCUGAAUUUGAGCCGCCUUUCUAUAGGGUGCAGAUCCCCGAGGACAGUCCCAUAGGCUACCUGAUUGUCAAAGUCACUGCUACGGAUAUAGACAUAGGAGUCAAUAGAGAGAUUUCCUAUUCACUUUUCCAGGCUUCAGAAGAGAUUAGCAAAACCUUUGAGAUCAACGCCAUGACGGGAGAAAUUCGACUGAAAAAACAACUUGAUUUCGAAACAACUCAGUCUUAUGAGGUCAAUAUCGAGGCCAGAGAUACUGGAAGUCUUUCUGGGAAAUGCACCGUUCUGACUCAAGUCAUGGAUGUGAACGACAAUGCUCCAGAAGUCACCAUGUCUGCACUUACCAGGCAGAUCCCCGAGAACUCGCCUGAGACUGUGGUUGCAGUUUUCAGUGUUUCAGAUCUUGAUUCUGAAGAGAAUGGGAAAAUAAGUUGCUACAUUCAGGACGAUUUACCUUUUCUCCUUAAAUCUUCCAUGGAAAACUUUUAUACCCUAGUAACAGAGAGACCGCUAGACAGAGAGACCAGAGGAGAAUACAACGUCACCAUCACCGUCACAGAUAUGGGAACCCCCAGGCUGAAAACCGAGCACAACAUAACCGUGCUGGUGUCCGACGUCAACGACAACGCCCCCGCCUUCACCCAGACCUCCUACACCCUGUCCGUCCGCGAGAACAACAGCCCCGCCCUGCACAUCGGCACCGUCCGCGCUACAGACAGAGACGCGGGCGCCAACGCCCAGGUCACCUACUCGCUGCUGCCGCCCCUCGACCCGCACGUGCCCCUGGCCUCCCUGGUGUCCAUCAACCCGGACAACGGCCACCUGUUCGCCCUGAGGUCCCUGGACUACGAGGCCCUGCGGGCGUUCGAGUUCCGCGUGGGCGCCGCCGACCGCGGCUCGCCCGCGCUCAGCAGCCAGGCGCUGGUGCGCGUGCUCGUGGCGGACGACAACGACAACGCGCCCUUCGUGCUGUACCCGCUGCAGAAUGCCUCGGCGCCCUGCACCGAGCUGGUGCCCAGGGCGGCCGAGGCGGGCUACCUGGUGACCAAGGUGGUGGCGGUGGACGGCGACUCGGGCCAGAACGCCUGGCUGUCGUACCAGCUGCUCAAGGCCACGGAGCCCGGGCUGUUCGGCGUGUGGGCGCACAACGGCGAGGUGCGCACGGCCCGGCUGCUGAGCGAGCGCGACGCGGCCAAGCACAGGCUGGUGGUGCUGGUCAAGGACAACGGCGAGCCGCCGCUGUCGGCCAGCGUCACGCUGCACGUGCUGCUGGUGGACGGCUUCUCGCAGCCCUACCUGCUGGCCCCGGAAGCGGAAGCGGCGGACGCGGCGCCGGCCGCCCCGCUCACCGUCUACCUGGUGGUCGCCUUGGCGUCGGUGUCGUCGCUCUUCCUCUUCUCGGUGCUGGUGUUCGUCGCGGUGCGGCUGUGCAGGCGGGGCGGGGCGGCCUCGGUGGGUCGCUGCUUGGUGCCCGAGGGCCCCUUUCCGGGCCACCUGGUGGACGUCAGCGGCACGGGGACCCUGUCCCAGAGCUACCAGUACGAGGUGUGUCUGAAGGGGGGCUCUGGGACCAGCGAGUUCAAGUUCCUGAAGCCAAUUGUGACCAAUUUUCAGGGCCAUUCCCCUGGCCCAGAUAUAGAAGAAACCCCCAACUUUAGGAAAGAUUUUGGUUUCAGUAUUCAGUGACAGUAAUUGUUUUUCACGUUCCAUAUAUUUUAAAUUGAUGAUACUUCAAGGUGAUGGUUUUUCUGGCAACCUAUCAUGAACUUUUAAACUACACUAAACUUGCUUGCAAAUUUUGUUUUAAAGAAUGGUAUCUUUUCUUCAUUACUGUAAGAAGAUUAAUGGUCCUAAAUCUUGCCUCUCAAAACACUGUUGAAGUCAAUAAAUGUACAGGUCCUUUCUGGCAUAGCUUAGAAGUGUGUUAGAUUAAAAAACAGUGGGAAAUUAAUUCUAUAUAAUUAGUUAUAUUUCCUUGAGUUUUUCUUAUUAGGUUUUAAACCAUUAAGUACAUAAGAGCAGUACUGCAUUAACACACUGAAGCAUGCCCAAUCAGGAAGGAGAGAGAACUGGUACAGUGAGAAUCUGGUUCUUACUUUAUUCUGCUCUCAUAGCACUUUAAUCUUAUUUUCUCUUAUUAAUUGUGCUUCCUUUCAUUAAUAUACCAGUGUUAGUUUUAAUAUAGUUAUUGUAAUUGCUUUCCAUUUAGUUUCUCUAGUGUAAAAGGGGAGAAAAAGCUACACUGUGUUUAUCCAGUGUGAUGAAAGGGCAUAGUAGGAAAUUGGCUUUUCCCACUUGAGAAACAUUGGUCAUCUUGUGACAGAAAAUGCAGUAGCUGUCUAAUCUCCGUUCAUCUCUUCUUCUUUGGUAACACACUCCAAAUUUCAUUUAGAGCAUUAGUGUGCUUAGUCAAAAGAACAUGUUUUCCCAGGCUCCUUGGCAGCUAAAAUGGGACAUUUGACUACAUGUAUAUGCAAAUGUUGUUAGAGACUUCCAAGAAGGCCAUUAAAAGGGAGGUGACUCAUCUAGGAAGGGGUCCCUUUUUGUCCUUCCCUAACUGCUUCUUGCUGCUUGGAAUGUGGGGGUCUUGGUUGGAACACAAUCAGUCAUAUUGAGCCAUAAAGCAACACUAAGGAUGGAAAUAAUGGACCAAGACAGUCAGUAUAGAAUAAACUUUAAAGAGAUGAGGAUCCCUGAUAAUCACAGUUAUCAUGUCAUCCCUGGAUUGCUCACUUCUGAGCUUUUUUUACAUGAGAAAUAAAGGAAUUUCUAUCUCAUUUAAGCCACCAUCAUUUUAGUUUUGUGCUACCUCCAGUGGAAUCCAAUCCUAAUGCUGUCACAGUAAGAUUUUUUGUUAAAAUGUUAUAUAAUACGAUAAAAUGGACAGAUCUUAAGUGUAUAGUUUGAUCUAACUGAUCUUUGUCAAGUUUUCCUUGAUUUCUAAUUUAGUUAAGAGUACAGAGUGCUUUACAUUCAUUAUCUUUUUAAUCCUCUGCCAAACCCUAAGGAAGUUGGCAUGUUAUUUCCUUUUACUUGUUCACAAUUCUGAAGUAAUAAAAGGAAAAAUUUGGAAUAUAUUCUAAGUCUACUUGAAUGGAAUGCCCCAGUUCUUAACCCAUACGCUAUCACAGCAGGCAUUAACUGGUGGCAUUGUCUUCCUAACAAAGGAAGUGAAAUCCUUCUAUUGCAUGAAUUGAACUCCUAUGUAGAAAUGUAACUUUUAGUCUGUAGCUUGCUUUUGUUUCUAUACCAGAAAUCACACUGCUCUGGACCAAUAAACCCAAAGUUCUUACAGAAGCACUGACCUAAGUAAGCUGGGUCAGGUACCACAAUUGACCUUCAUCAUGAUCGAAUCAGCCUGAUUACCUUCCUGUACCUUCUCAACGUAUCACAUUCAUUAUUGCAGAAAUGAAGGCCCUAAAUAGGGAGUAGAAUUACCCUAUGGUUGUAUUUCUUGAGUUUUUUUGUACUAUUCCUUCAGUCUUUUUCUGUCAGUCCUAAUACAUAUUUUCUCUUUUUUUUUGGAAAGUUUAUUAUAUACAUUCUGUAAAUCCCUUAUUCAAAUUAAAUAUACCGUAUUCAUUUUAGCACACUAUUUCUUUGAAAGCAGUUGCUAUUCUAGUAUUAGCUCUAAAUGAAAUAACUAAUUUCAGAAAAGUAUAGGCAAUGAUGUGGAGGAAUUUUUAUCACUAAAUAAUUUAGAGAUUCUGGAAAUUAAAUAGAAAUAAAGCUGAUAGGCUCCAGUUAUUUUCUAUUAAAACUAACCAUAUGUCUUUGACAACACCUCUUAAAAAUUAUGCUGAAAAAAGAUUUAGAGGGUCAUAAAUGACUUUAUUCUGAAAGGAUGGCUCACAAGAGCUGAAUCAGACAUUCUUCAGCAUUUGCUGUGAUAAUCCAAUUUUGUAGAGUGAUGAAUUUUUGUUGACUCAGAUGCUGGGUGCAUGAAUUUUCAUGCUUGUGUAUUCAUUUUCUAUUGCUACUAUUAAAAAUUACCACAAACUUGGUUGCUUAAAACAAUAAAAAUGCACUACUAUAUAGUUCUGUAGGUCUGAUGUCUGAUAUGGGUAUGACUGGGUUAAAUUCAAGAUGUCACCAGGGGUGCAUUCUCUUCUGGUGGCUCUAGAGGAGAAUCUAUUUCUUUCUCUUUUCCAGCUUCUAGAUGCUGCCUACAGUACUUGACUCAUGGCCCCUUUCAUCCAUCUUCAAAGCCAGCAACAUUGUGUCUCUUAGUUCACUUCUUCUGUAAUCACAUACCCCUCUGACCAUAGCCAGGAAAGGUUCUGUCCCUCCCAGAUAAUCCAGGAUAACCUACCCCCCACAAGGUCCUCAAUUUACUUAUAUCUGUGAAUUCUCUUUUGCCAUGUAAGAUAACAUAUUUACAGAUUCUGGGAAUUAGGGCAUGAACAUCUUUCGGUGGGUGGCCAUUAUUCUGCCUACCGCAGGUUGACUGCUUGGAAGAAAAUUAUCUGGUCUAGCAGGACCACCUGUGGCCAAAGGAAGGCAUACAAAGACCUUUAUAACAGAAGUUUAGACCCCAUUGAUUGAAUGCUUUAACCCCAGACAAGGUAUUUAUCAAAAAUUGUUCUACAGAUUGUUAACAAAAACAUUGGAUUUAUAAAAACAUUAUGAAUCUUUACUGGAAUUCGAUUUAAAUUUUAAAAAUGGAAAAUCUGAACUAAAGAGUAUUUUGGGGUUUUUU